GGUUCUUCUGACGUGUGUUACCAUUCCUCUGACGGCACCUACCCCUAUCAAAAGCCCACAAAGUCACCCGGGAGAGCUCCGCUGUCUGUUGUCUCAUUGGAGCGUUCCUCACAGGCUCUUGACGGAACCGUCUAAGGUGGCCAGCACAUGCCUCUAGAAGCUUCUCAAGUCUCCAUGCGUCCUUGUUCUUAGCGCAAGACCCGGCGCGACCAUGACCAUCCAUGUAGAAGGACUUGUGGCUAUCGCGGUCUUCUACCUCCUCAUCCUAUUCGUGGGCAUCUGGGCGGCAUGGAAGAACAAACACUCCGGGGAGGCCGAGGGAACCGACCGCAGCGAAACCAUCAUGGUUGGAGGCAGAGAUAUUGGAUUAUUCGUCGGGGGAUUUACAAUGACAGCAACUUGGGUUGGAGGAGGAUAUAUUAACGGCACUGCUGAGUAUGUGUACCUCCCUGAUAAAGGUUUGGCUUGGGCACAAGCUCCCUUUGGAUAUGCCCUCAGUCUUGUUCUUGGUGGACUUUUUUUCGCUAAGCCCAUGCGCUCAAGAGGUUACGUAACCAUGUUAGACCCGUUCCAGCAGCUCUAUGGGAAACGCAUGGGCGGCCUUCUCUUCAUACCUGCAUUGAUGGGGGAGAUUUUCUGGUCUGCCGCCAUCUUGUCCGCUCUCGGUGCCACUCUCAGUGUCAUCGUGGACAUCAACAUCAAAAUGUCAGUGGUCAUCUCGGCUCUCAUUGCCAUCUUUUACACACUGGUAGGAGGACUUUACUCGGUGGCCUAUACUGACGUUGUGCAGCUCUUCUGCAUCUUUGUGGGUCUGUGGAUCAGUGUACCGUUUGCGUUGAGCAACAUGGCUGUGUCAGACAUCACAGUGACCGCUGUCAAGCAAGUGUACCAGUCGCCAUGGAGAGGCAGUGUCAACAGCAGUGACACCUGGGUCUGGAUUGACAAUUUUUGUCUUCUGAUGCUUGGAGGUAUUCCUUGGCAAGUGUAUUUCCAAAGAGUCCUGUCUGCUUCCUCUGCUACGUACGCACAAGUCCUGUCCUUCCUGGCGGCUUUCGGAUGUCUCGUCAUGGCCGUCCCCUCUGUUCUUAUUGGCGCCAUCGGAGCCUCAACAGACUGGAACCAAACAACAUAUGGAGCCAUUCCUCCUAAAGACAAAGAAGAGGCGGAUAUGAUUCUGCCCAUUGUUCUCCAGCACCUCUGUCCGCCGUUUGUCUCUUUUUUCGGCCUCGGUGCCGUGUCUGCUGCCGUCAUGUCAUCUGCAGACUCGUCCAUCCUGUCAGCCAGCUCCAUGUUUGCAAGGAACAUCUACCAACUGGCCUUCAGACAGUCGGCAUCAGAUCGUGAGAUCGUGUGGGUGAUGCGCGUCACCAUCUUUGUGUUUGGCGGCCUCGCCACAUUGAUGGCACUGGUUACGGGGACAGUUUACGGACUAUGGUACCUCAGCUCCGACUUGGUUUAUGUCAUCAUCUUCCCCCAGCUCCUCAGUGUGCUCUUUGUGAAAGGCACCAACACGUACGGCUCAGUGGCUGCUUACUUGUUUGGCAUGGUGCUGCGUAUAGGCGGAGGCGAGCCCUACCUUCAGCUGCCCCCUUUUAUUUAUUACCCCGGUUGGACCAUCGAGCAACGCGAGCAUCACGUCACGGGAGAAAUGGAGGAUGUAGUCAUCCAAAAGUUUCCGUUUAAGACAGCCUCUAUGCUUGCUUCCUUUCUUGGUAACGUAGCAUUCUCCUAUUUGGCCAAGUAUCUGUUUGAAAGCGGCAAGCUGUCGCACAAGUACGACUUUCUCGACGCAGUCGUGUCCAAGCACAGCGGCGAGAUCAUGGAUAAGACGACGCUUGUGACUCGUGGCAACAAUAUCGGGCUGUCUGAGAUGGCGCCUGUCAAACCGCGGCUGAGUGUGACCUUGGCGGCCGCCUUCACGCGCCGUGACACGCUGCCAAAAGAAACGGUGGAGGAGGAAGAGGAGGAGUCAAGCCCCGACUCCUCCCAUCACGAUGAAGAAUAAAAGCCUCAGGAUGUGAUUUCUGAAAUCUGGUCAAGCUGUCAAUCACAAAAAGAAGACAAUGAGCCAACAUCCUCUCACGGGACAGUGAGGUACCACACUGACUGGUGGUGACUGGGAUACGGGUGGCUUUUCAGGAGUAAUACCUUCUCACUAAUCUUCUUCUUCUUUCUCUUUCGGCUUUUCCCUUCAGCAAAUCAAUCACCUCCAUACAACCAUGUCUUCUGCAUCUAUCUUUCUCACACCAACUACCCUCAUGUCCUCCUUCACUACACCCAUAAACCUCCUCUUUGGUGUAUAUGGUAGGAAAUUGGACAUCUGCUUCAUACACAUCUUCUGCAGUGGUAAAAAUUGUCUAAUGACAAAGCAAUAUCCCACAUAUGUAAUAUAUUCUUGAAAAUAAUUAACAAUAAAGCAGACGACAAAGGAAAUUAUGGCAUAUCAAAUUGUUUUAAUAACAUUACUAUUGCUUUUUGUCUUUGAAUAAUCUAAAUUCAUCAUCCUUUGCAAUACUUUUUGUACAAGAUGGUACUAAAUUCCAGUGAGAACAGGCUCAUCAGGAUACAUACGUAGUGUAGCAGCUUAUUAAUGCAUAUGAGGUUCUCUCUCUGGAGAAUACCAUAAACACUCCUACAGACGCUCAAAUAGAUAUUCAGUAAUAUAACCAUCUUUUUCAAAGAUGCGGUCAAUUUUAUUAUCAUAAUUUUGUCUCAGACAAAAUAAUCAGAUGAUAUGAACCUGCACAAGUAUAAAGACGAGAUGAAGCAGUUUGACAGAGCACAAACAAUAGUUUGCAAGUUGGAAAAAUACACCUUUGCAAAACUCCCAAAGGAAAAUCAGAUGUGCAACAGGGGGAACCGAUGUGGUGAGCAAACUAGUUAAGAUAUUGUGUUGCUCUACUGUGGGGUGAUGUGGGGUCACGUUCACAAUGAUAACCGUGAGUAUUAUUAUACUCAAGGAUACUGAAGUUAGAACCAGGAGCAAACAUGGUUUUAAUAUGAAAUGGAUUGUGAUGCCAUAAAAUGAACUACAGCAAAUGACUGCUUAUGUUAGGCCAUGUCCACACGAAUACAGAUAUUUUAAAAACGCAUAUUUUCGGGUGUGUUCUGGCCUCUCCUAGACAUGCAAACAUAGGUUUUUGUCCUUAGAAACAGAUCCUUUGGGGAACUGCUUCAGCAUAAAAAUGUAUUUACUGAUCUCACGUUUUUAAACGUAUAGUUUAACAACAAAAAGUUCUUGAAUCUUGGGUUUCAUUUUGUUCAGCGGUGAUCCCAAAAAAAUUGUGAUAUUUUCUGGGCGCCUUGAACGUGAGCAGUGAUUUUAGAGAGACCAUGUCAGCUGUUGUUGCUUCUUCCAGCUUUUUGUUAGGUCAAAAUGUCCAAGCCAGCCAGUGAAUGUGUUUUUAUUUUGAGAGAUGCACUUGUGGACGGACAUUUUUCUAACAGAGUAGUACGCGUUUGAAAAAUCAGUGCUUGUGAGGACAUGGCUUUCGAUACAGAGUGACAGGCACGGGCAUGUACAUUUCUGAUAUAAGUAUAAGAUAAGAUAAAAUAAACACACCAUGACUGGAUCAACUCAUCAGUCAAGCUGAAUAGAACCUACAUUAUACAAGCAAUAGUAAAAAUAGUCGACUAGUUCUCUUUGAGAAGCUGAUUUCACGUUAAGCAUCAAUGUAAAAAUGUCCAUGACAUGUUUAAAAAAAAAUAGUGUUUAUUCAACUGCCUUAAUGUAAAUCAUGUGAACAGAUAUAUGUUUAUUUGGUCAAAUUGCAGUGAAAGACCAUUUAAAUAUGAAUGUAACCGCCAAUCAUCUUAUUGUCUCAAGAAAUGUAAUUGCUGUUUGUGUAUUUUAUUUUGCAAAUAGUCAAAUGGUGGCCGAAUAAUGCUUUUUUGGGUUAUCAUUGUGUAAUGUGUGUGUUGUUCACAGACUUGUACAGAUUAUUUUCUCUGUGAGGUGUAUGUUUGUAUAAAUAUGGAGGGAAAGAUGUAGCGAUAACAAAUUGCUCUUUAGCAUUAUUCAGAUAAGAUGGAGGGAUGUUAUCUAAAUGUUUAUUUAUUUUUGAUGUCAUGUAACAAUAAAA